AUGAUAACAGUUUUGGAUGAUUUGGAUAUGCAUGACAUCGAAAACAAUCAUCUCGAUGAAGAAAAUCAUCAGUUCGGUUCUACUGAUUCAGAGAUUCUUCAUAACGAGGAAUAUCAAUCGGAAACCCAAGAUAUGAAUGACAUCGGAAAUGAUCAUUACGAUGAAGAAAAUCAUCAAUUCAGCUCUGGUGAUUCAGAGAUUUUGCAUAAUGAUGGAAAUCAAUCGGAAAUCCAAGUUCAAAGUGACAAUGUUGCAACACAAUAUGGCUCUUGCAAACAAUUCAUUGGAGCUGAUGGCUCUUUAUUUUGGAUUCCAAAGGUUGAAGCUAGUUGGAUACCUACUGUGGGUUCAAUUUUUAAAGAUAUCAAAGAUGCUAUUAAGUGGUAUAAAGGAUAUGCAUUAAGAUCUGGUUUCGAUAUUAGAAAAUCAACAGAGAGGAAAAAGAGUGGAAUCACAACUUCGAAAUAUUUUAUAUGCAAUAGAGGGGGAUUGCCAAACACUUCUACCUUAGACAUUAUUAGUGAUGAUCAUAACAAGCAAUUGAGAAAUAGUAAUUGUAAACGCACAAAUUGCAAAGCUUUUGUUGCAUUCAAAGUUAUACCACAUUUUUCAGAAGUUUACAUGUGGCGCUUUGAACAACAACACAACCACAAAUUGAUCAAUCAAGAUUGUAUGCAUCUUUCAAGAGCUAAACGUCAGUUGAAUGUUGUUGAUCAAGCUUUUAUACAUAAGCUUUUGAGUGAAAAGGUGGGGUCAACUACAACAUAUAAGCUAAUGUGCGUUAUAAAAGGAGGAUGUGAAUUUGUUGAUGGACUAGAGAUAGAUUGGAAAUUUUUUACAAGGGAUAUAAAUUGUCACAGCGGGGGCACUGAUGAAAUUUUUUCCAGUUUUGGGUAA